AUGGGAGAGACAAGCUAUCGGCCCAUCGCCCUGCUCUGCCCCAUAGCCAAGAUUUUGGAAAAGCUGUUCGCAGUCAGACUCACGCGUUGGCUGCUGAACUCCGGCGUACUUCCCUUCGAACAGUAUGGGUGCCAAGGGAGAAACACCAACCAAGCUCUCGAGUCACUCAUCAACGCUGCUUACAACAGCUGGACUGAUGGCGACAAGGAUCGCCAUGUGUCCAUUUACGCCCUUGACAUCAAGGGCGCGUUCGACCGCGUUCGCCGUGCGCACUUGCUACGGAUCCUGAGGGAGCAUGGCGUUCCGGACUGGAUGAUCAUGUUUGUCUGGUCGUUUUUGUCCGACCGAAGCACAACCGUCCGCAUGCAGGGAGCAGUGUCGAAGAAGUUUUGGGUUAACAUCGGCAUCCCGCAAGGAAGCCCUCUGUCCCCCAUUCUCUUUCUCUUCUUCUCGAUCUCUCUGCUCAACAAGCUCAUAAGGGAUAAAGGAUUGGUCUCUAACGAAAACGCUGUUCUGUACCAACUGAAGCGUUUUCUGAUUGCCGCAUUUGUUGACGAUAUCAGCUUCUUAAUCGUCUCCGACUCCGUCGAGAAGAACAACAAGGCCGCAGAAAAGUUGUACAACGCCUUGGUUGACUUUGCAAAAAAGGAUGGCACCACAUUCUCCGCUGAUAAGACAAAAGUGAUACACCUCUGCAUGGCAAGGCAGAAGUUCAACGACAGCAUGCCUAACAUCAAAGAUGCUCCUCCGAAGGCAGAAAAGGCCAUCAAGAUUCUCGGGCUCUGGCUGGACUAUCGUCUGACAUGGGAAACGCACGUGACAAAGAUUGUGAACAAGGCCCGGCUGAAAAUGUUCAACCUACGUCGCAUUGCUGGGUCAACUUUUGGCCCAGGACUCAAGAAGCUUCUGGACAGAUACACUAGCGCCAUUCUCCCCAUCAUCAGCUACGCAUGUCCUGUUUGGUUCGCGGGGUAUGACGAGAGGAAGUACACCGAAUCUGGGAAACCGCCGGGUGGCAGGUGCCGGCUCUCGAUCAGUGCCAAGCUUGUCAACGGGCUCGAGAGCGAGCACAGCUACUUCUUGAAGCAACUGUCUGGGGCUUAUGCCAUGACCACCGGCUUCAUCCUCCUCAAGGAGCUCGCAGUGCCAACGAUUGCUGUUUUCCUCACCAGGCUUGUGCGAACCUACUGGGCUCAGGUCCUGGAGACGCGGUACGGGGGCAAGUUGCUGAAGCCCAGUGUGGCUUACCCGGACCAACACCCUUAUGUGCUUGCCGCAACUGAUGCCUGCAGCAAGGUUUUGCAACCGGCAAAAGACCGGCUCGGGCUGAAAAAGCCGGUCGACGAGGGUGCCAGGUACAGGAAGCUCAGACGAGUCAUCAAGUCCAUUGCAGACGACCUCGUCACAGACCAGAUGCAGACGGAUUGGGUCGUGUUUGUCGACGUACGCAGCUGCGAGAAUCGGUACUUCAACAAGCUCCCUCCAGCCCUCGGAGGGACGUGGGGGAGACACAACUUCAAGAUCUACGAAGACUUGCUCAAGGCUCAGAGCACUAUCCUGCUGCAUUGCCGGACGGGUGUCAAUGGCCUCAACGCAUGCUUGAAUUUCAUGCCUUUCAAGACUACUGAACUGUCGACCUAUCCUCUCUCUCGCGCAUCGCCCGCGCCGCCGUCAGCGAGCCCACCUUCGGCGCACAGCCUGCCGACCGUACCGCUGACGAUCGAUCAGAACACCGUCUCCAUCACUGCUUCGCCGUCCGCCAUAAAGUGGUACGCUAAGCUGACAAGCCCAGCAGCGGCUGUGCCGUCGUCAGCAACGCUCUCUCUGUUCGGCGCAAGGCGCACUCCCCGUGUUCGAGCUCUACGCGAGGCUUGCGUCCUCUUUGGCACCCUUGAGUGCCUCGGAGAAGAAGUCCCACUCGUUAGGGUGGCUAAGGACAUGAUUGAACUCCGCGUCAAUGUUGUCCAAGGCUUUCUUAGCGAGAGGGAUAACGUCGCUGCCCAUAGGGGCUUCUAG